AUGAAUGUUGCUGCAUCGAAUGAUUCCCGAGCCAAUCCAAGCUCUGAAACUUACAAUCCAUUUUACAGUAUUAGUAAACAAAUUGCAUCGUUGAAGAUGAAUUUGGUGAGAAUGACUUUUCAUGGUACCAUAGCUCCAGAUACAUUUGAUCCUGAGAGUUCGGACUAUUGGCAAGGAAUUGGUACAUUGGCAUUGGGAGGAGGUAUUUUGAGCAUUAUUGCAAUUUUAAUGUUACUCUGUUGCGAUACAUUCCGUGCAUUUGGAUGUUUCGGAGGUGUUGAACCAACCAAACAAUUCUUCUACGGACGAGAACCAAGAAAAGAACCUUAUGGCAUGUGUCAAGUGUUCACACUAAAAAUUCUGAUUGGUGUGGCGCUUCUUGUGGUGACUGGACUUGUGGUCUUGUUAAUUAUUGGAAAUGUUAUCUUUAAUAAUGCAUUCGAAUAUGGUCGUUCGAAUUUUAAAUCUGGACUCAACACCAUGUUUAAUCAAUCGAUUGAAUUGCAAAUUGUGACAAAUCGAAUUCAAGUAGCCUCUGGUUCUAAUGCUCAAUUGACAGAUAUUAGCUCAUUAAUGGCUCAGCAACAAGCGAGUAUGAAUGCAACUAGUACUCUAACCAAAGAAAUUCGUCACAUGAAUUUCAUUCGAUACUUUUUAUUGAUGCUCAUCGCAUUGGUGAUUUUAUUUGUUCCUUUAUUGGGAUUAUUGAGUGGAUUGACUCAUUGGAAAGAAUUUGCUGCGUAUGGUGUAAGAUUUGGUUACAUGAUGCUUGUGUGUUGCUGGAUUCUGUACACUUUACAUUUUGCAUUUGCAGUUGUCACACAAGACAUGUGUGCCACAGCAGAUCGUUAUUUACAAGGUCAAUACUCCAAUAAUACUGGAAAUUCUGAUCUUGUGAAACAAAUCUCGUCUCUCGUUCAGAUCUUUUCCAAAUGCUCCAAUCAAAGUGUUUUAGUGGCAAAUAGUGGAAUUGACAUGUCACUCAUUGACACAAUGAUUGCAAGUUUGAAUCAACAAUUAACCAAAGAUGAUCCUCGAAAACGAUAUUUUAACAUUGUCUAUGCCAACUUGAGUAGUGCUGUCAACAUUGACUAUGUUCAAGCAAAUCCACAAACCAAAGCCAAUGUUCAAAAAUCAGUCAACACCAUUUAUCUCUUUCAUGACGAUCUUAUUCCAACUUUCAUGACCUAUAAUAAUUGUAGCCAUGUGGGACAAUCGUUUGUCAAUGUUGUGGAUUCAGGUUGUGUUGGAAUGUUAUCCAGUAUGAAUAUUAUGUGGACGGUUUAUUUAGUGUUGGGAGUGUUAUUAUUCCCAAUCAUUUGGUUGAAUUGUUUAGGAUAUAAACGAUUCAGAAAGAAGAGAUUUGUGUUACCGAAGGAACGAAAAAUUGAAGAUAUUGACAUUGCUUUGAAUUUGCAUUGA